CCCGCACGCUCCAUCGUCACAACACACACCGGAAAACAGCUGAUGUCAUUGAGAGAACGACACACUGCCACCGAUAACCGGGAAUAUACACACUUAUCGCGUAACCCUAUAGCAUCACGCUCCCCUUGUCUAUCUCUGGCUGGUCUCUCUGCCCCCCUCUGACCUGGGGAUGAAUGCACCAAUGAGGAGCCAGCUCACAGGUAUGCCUGAUCGCAUGUUAUGUGCAGUGCUGGAGCAAUUUCAGCUUUACUUUUCCCUUUGAUCCACUCUCUGUAUAGUACAGCCAGCCCCAGCAUGCUGAAGAGGAAGCAGAGCUCGAGGGUUGAGGCCCAGCCCAUGACUGACUUUGGGCCCGACGAAACCCUCGCCGACAGCGCCGACAUCUUCUGGAUCAACAAACCAUGGGUGCACUCUCUGCUGCGAGCCUGUGCCAUCAUCAGCGUCAUCAGCGUGUGUAUGAACACACCCAAGACGUUCGAGCACUACCCCCCGCUGCAGUACGUGACCUUUACCCUGGACACGCUGCUCAUGUUCCUCUACACCGCUGAGAUGAUCGCCAAGAUGCACAUCAGAGGAAUCAUCAAGGGUGAUAACUCGUACGUCAAGGAUCGCUGGUGUAUGUUUGACGGCUUCAUGGUCUUCUUCCUCUGGGUGUCUCUGGUGCUUCAGGUGUUUGAGAUAGCGGAUGUUGUUGACCAGAUGUCUCCCUGGGGCAUGUUGAGAAUCCCCAGAGCCCUCAUCAUGAUCCGAGCCUUCAGGAUCUACUUCCGCUUCGAGCUGCCACGCUCACGCAUCACCAACAUCCUCAAGCGAUCAGGGGAACAGAUCUGGAGUGUGUCGAUAUUCUUGCUCUUCUUCCUUCUUCUGUAUGGAAUUCUGGGAGUUCAGAUGUUCGGAACGUUCAAUCAUCACUGUGUUACCAACGACACAACGAAUGGUACUGUGACAUGGAACAGCCUGGCCAUCCCCGACACCCACUGUUCGCCAGACGGGGAGGGAUACCUGUGUCCUUUGGGCUUUAAGUGUGUGGACUUGGAAGAACUGGGGCUCAGCAGACAGGAGCUGGGCUACAGCGGCUUCAACGAGCUCGGUACCAGUAUCUUCACCGUGUACGAGGCAGCCUCUCAGGAGGGCUGGGUAUUCCUUAUGUACAGAGCCAUUGACAGUUUCCCUCGCUGGCGCUCCUACUUCUACUUCAUCACGCUCAUCUUCUUCCUCGCCUGGCUUGUCAAGAAUGUUUUCAUUGCGGUCAUCAUUGAAACGUUUGCUGAGAUCAGAGUUCAGUUCCAGCAGAUGUGGGGGUCCCGAAGCAGCACCACCUCUACUGCUACCACACAGAUGUUCCACGAGGACUCGGCUGGAGGAUGGCAGCUUGUUGCUGUGGACGUCAACAAACCACAUGGCCGCGCACCAGCCUGCCUCCAGCAACUGAUGCGCUCCUCUAUCUUCCACAUGUUCAUUCUGACUAUGGUUGCCGUAGACGUAAUCGUUGCCGCUAGCAACUACUACAAGGGCGAGAACCACCAAAGGCACUAUGACGAGUUCUACCUGGCUGAGGUUGCCUUUACAGUGCUGUUUGACCUGGAGGCUAUGCUUAAGGUCUGGUGCCUGGGCUUCACGGGCUACAUCAUCUCCUCUCUGCACAAGUUUGAGUUGCUGCUGGUGGUGGGGACCACCCUGCACAUCUACCCUGACCUCUACCACUCCCAGUUCACCUACUUCCAGGUACUGCGAGUGGUGCGUCUGAUAAAGAUCUCCCCGGCACUAGAGGACUUUGUGUACAAGAUAUUUGGUCCCGGUAAGAAGCUGGGCAGCUUGGUGGUGUUCACAGCGAGCCUGCUCAUAGUCAUGUCAGCCAUCAGUCUACAGAUGUUCUGCUUCGUGGAGGAACUGGACCGAUUUACCACCUUUCCCAGAGCAUUCAUGUCUAUGUUCCAGAUCUUAACCCAGGAGGGUUGGGUGGAUGUGAUGGACCAAACUCUUGUGGCUGUUGGUCAAAUGUGGGCUCCUGUUGUGGCUAUCUACUUCAUCCUCUACCAUCUGUUCGCUACUCUGAUUCUGCUCAGUCUUUUCGUGGCUGUCAUCCUUGAUAAUCUAGAGUUGGAUGAAGACUUGAAGAAACUCAAACAACUGAAGCAAAGUGAGGCGAACGCAGAUACCAAAGAGAAGCUGCCCCUACGUCUAAGGAUCUUUGAGAAGUUUCCUAAUCGGCCCCAGAUGGUCAAGAUCUCCAAGCUGCCUUCUGAUUUCACUGUGCCCAGAAUCAGGGAGAGUUUCAUGAAGCAGUUCAUCGAUCGGCAGCAGCAGGACACCAGCUGUCUGUUCCGCCGCCUUCCUUCCGCAUCCUCCUCUUCCUGUGACCAUUCCAAGCGAUCCGCCAUAGAAGACAACAAAUACAUCGACCAGAAGCUCCGCAGGUCAAUAUUCAGCAUCAGAGCUCGCAACCUCCUGGAGAAGGAAACUACUAUCAACAAAAUCCUCCGGGCUUGUACCAGACAGCGUAUGCUGAGUGGAUCCUUUGAGGGCCAACCACUGAAAGAGCGCUCCAUCCUCAGUGUCCAACACCAUAUACGCCAAGAACGCAGGUCUCUGAGACAUGGCUCCACUAGUCAGAGGAUCAGCAGAGGAAAGUCCCUGGAGACACUCACACAAGAUCGAGAGUCAGAGCAGAGAUCGCACUGGCACCAGCAUUCCAGUACAGUGCGUUAUCGUAACGCCCAGCGAGAAGAUAGUGAGAUCAAGAUGAUCCAGGAGAAGAAGGAGCAGGCCGAGAUGAAGCGCAAGGUCCAGGAAGAGGAACUGAGGGAGAACCAUCCUUACUUUGACAAACCUCUCUUCAUUGUGGGGAGAGAGCACCGCUUCAGAAACUUCUGUAGGACUGUAGUGCGGGCACGCUUCAAUGCAUCCAAAACAGAUCCAAUAACAGGAGCGGUGAACUCCAAAUACCACCAGCUUUAUGAUCUCCUGGGGCUGGUCACCUAUCUGGACUGGGUGAUGAUCGUAGUGACCAUCUGCUCCUGUAUCUCCAUGAUGUUUGAGUCUCCUUUCACCAGGGUCAUGCAUGUACCCACUCUACAGAUAGGAGAGUAUGUCUUUGUCAUCUUCAUGAGUAUCGAGCUGAACCUGAAGAUCAUGGCGGACGGCCUGUUCUUUACUCCUACAGCCGUCAUCAGAGACUUUGGAGGAGUCAUGGACAUCUUCAUCUACCUCUGUAGUCUGAUCUUCCUGUGUUGGCUGCCUCCUAACGUGCCUCCGGAGUCUGGGGCUCAGCUGCUGAUGAUGCUGAGGUGUCUUCGCCCCCUUCGCAUCUUUAAACUGGUGCCCCAGAUGAGGAAGGUGGUGCGGGAGGUCAUCAAGGGUUUCAAGGAGAUUUUCCUGGUCUCCAUCCUGCUCCUGACACUAAUGCUGGUGUUUGCAAGCUUCGGCGUCCAGCUCUUUGCUGGAAAACUAGCCAAGUGCAAUGACCCCCACGUAUUCCUUCGGGAGGACUGCCAUGGAAUCUUCCGGAUCAACGUGAGUGUGUCUAAAAACCUCAAUCUCAAACUAAGACCAGGAGAGAAGAAGCCUGGCUUCUGGGUGCCAAGAGUGUGGGCCAACCCUCGCAACUUUAAUUUUGACAAUGUGGGUAAUGCCAUGCUGGCUUUGUUUGAGGUCCUGUCACUCAAAGGCUGGGUGGAGGUCCGUGAUGUCAUCAUUCACCGCGUCGGACCGAUACAUGGUAUCUACAUCCACGUGUUUGUUUUUCUGGGCUGUAUGAUUGGACUCACUCUGUUUGUCGGAGUGGUCAUCGCUAACUUCAAUGAGAACAAGGGUACUGCUCUGCUGACAGUGGACCAGAGGAGGUGGGAGGACCUGAAGAGUCGACUGAAGAUUGCCCAGCCUCUCCACCUCCCCCCACGCCCAGAGAAUGCAGGGUUCCGUGCCAAGAUGUAUGACAUCACUCAGCACCCCUUCUUCAAACGGGGUAUCGCUGUGCUGGUUUUGGCCCAGUCAGUGCUGCUGUCUGUCAAGUGGGAUGUAGAUGACCCAGUAACAAUGCCACUUGCUACCAUGUCAGUGGUCUUCACCAUUAUCUUUGUGUUAGAGGUGACGAUGAAGUUCAUAGCUAUGUCCCCGGCGGGGUACUGGCAGAGCAGACGGAACCGCUACGAUUUACUGGUGACAAUACUGGGAGUCAUCUGGAUAGUCUUGCACUUUGCUCUACUGAAUGCAUAUACUUACAUGAUGGGCACGUGUGUGAUCGUCUUCAGGUUCUUCACCAUCUGUGGGAAGCAUGUGACUCUGAAGAUGCUACUGCUGACCGUCGUGGUCAGUAUGUAUAAAAGCUUCUUCAUCAUCGUGGGAAUGUUCCUUCUCCUCCUCUGCUACGCCUUCGCUGGAGUCGUCCUAUUCGGAACCGUUAAAUACGGAGAGAACAUCAACAGGCAUGCUAACUUCUCCACGGCAGGGAAGGCCAUCACGGUUCUGUUCCGUAUUGUCACGGGGGAAGACUGGAAUAAGAUCAUGCAUGACUGCAUGGUGCAGCCUCCGUUCUGUACCCCUGAUAAGCAUCGCUACUGGGAGACGGACUGUGGGAACUACGCAGGGGCACUCAUCUACUUUUGCUCCUUCUAUGUCAUCAUUGCUUACAUCAUGCUUAACCUCCUCGUGGCCAUCAUUGUGGAGAACUUCUCUCUCUUCUACUCCACUGAGGAGGACCAGCUACUGAGCUACAACGACCUCCGACACUUUCAGAUUAUCUGGAACAAUGUGGAUGACAAGAGAGAGGGAGUGAUCCCAACAUCGCGGGUGAAAUUCCUGCUGCGUCUGCUGAGGGGCAGGCUAGAGGUAGACCUGGAUAAGGACAAGCUGCUAUUCAAACACAUGUGCUAUGAGAUGGAGAGGCUGCACAACGGAGGGGACGUCACCUUCCACGACGUGCUCAGUAUGUUGUCAUACCGUUCAGUGGAUAUCAGGAAGUCUCUACAGCUGGAGGAGCUGCUGGCUAGAGAGCAGCUGGAGUACACCAUAGAAGAAGAGGUGGCCAAGCAGACCAUACGCAUGUGGCUCAAGAAGUGCCUCAAACGCAUCCGUGCUAAGCAGCAGCAGUCGUGCAGCAUCAUCCACAGCCUGAGAGAGAGCCAGCAGCAGGAGCUCAGUCGCUUCCUCAACCCCCCCAGCAUACAGACCACCCUGCCUAGUGAGGACAUCAACGCUAACCAGGACCAUUCAACACAGCCAGAGUUGAGUGGUCUCCAACAGCUGCUGAGUCCUACUCUGUCAGACCGUGGGGGAUACAGACAGGACUCCUCAGAACGCCCUCAGAGGAAACUGGGACAGUGGAGACUACCUGCAGGUCGUACCAGUGUCAAGUCCAUGGUGUGUAAGAUGAACCCUGUGAGUGACGAAGCCUCCUCGGGGUCAGAGGUCAAGAAAUGGUGGACGCGUCAGCUGACCGUUGAGAGUGACGAGAGUGGUGAUGACCUCAUAGAUAUUUAAAGGGGAAACUCAGAAAAUUCAACCAUGCUCACAUAUGGAACGAGAACUAGGAUAGACAACUAUAGCUCUGAGCGCUCAGUGUCAACACAGUACUCUGGUGGUUGAAACGUUUCUUAAAACGUUCUUUCAAGGUUUUUUCAAGCAUAUCCCAUUCAUACUUGACUGAUUGGGGAAGUGACAGCGUGGACAUCCUCCUCGCAAGUCUCCAUCAGCAGCCAUCUUACAUCUGUGGGACGUUAUGAUCAGUUUUUUCUCAAAAUGGUGGCUUGUGGACACAGGAAAAUGUCUCUUGAUUUGCAGUUAAGGCCAUUUCAAGAACGUUGAUUGUUAGAAACAACGCUUUAGCUGUUUGGUUUAAAGACUCUAUAUGAAUGUACAAAGCCAAUCCCAUGACACCAUUAAUUCCUAUGUGAAGACUCAAUAGCCCAUUUGAAGCCAAAAAAGUAAGUUAAGAUGGCGUCUAUAGAAUACAUAACAUACGCAGUUUGAGCUACUCCAGGAAGUGAUAUUGCAGGCUAGCUCAGUGCUUCCCCAUCUCAUUGAGUAUCAAUGUUAAAGUCCGACCGGGAUACUGCAGGCUGCAAUUUGCAACUAAAACGAGGCAACAAUAAACAAGUCGUCCCCCUUGGGCCAAUCCGUGUAAUUUUGUAAGUGAUGGAUCUGUAUGGCAAGACUCAUCAUUCACCCAAGCUUCAUCAAAAUCGGGCAAGUGGUAUCUGAGAUUUUGUGUGUGACUUAUGCAUGUACACUUGAUUACCACAGGGUUUUGGCCAAUUAGUGUAAUUUUGGAAAUGGCGGAUCUAUGUAGCAAGACGCAUCAUUCACCCAAGUUUAGUCAAACUCGGGCCAGUGGUGUCUGAUAAAUCGUGUGGGUAAGCUAGACUCAUAUCCCUGAGCAUGGGUGCCACAUUUAAUCACUUAGUCAAACAGAUCAAGAGAUAUAAACAUGUACCUGUUAUUGCGCCACCGUGUAGUCGAUAUGAUUGUUCUUGCAUAUGUUGAGUUUAAACAGUGUUUGCAACAUGUGUACCAAAUAUUGUUACAAUACGGAUACCCUUAACUGAUUUAAAUGCAUUUAUGUGCCAGACCAUGUUGUUUUAGGUACUAGUCUGGAAAGGAAUGCGUUGAGGGACCUUUUCCCAAUGAUGCCACAUAUCAAGUUUCGUGCAGAUCGGUCAUUCGGUGCCAGAGGAAUAGCGUUUUAAGAUCAAGUUUCGUGCAGAUCAGUCAUUCGGUGCCUGAGGAGUAGCAUUUUAAGGUCAUGUUUCGUGAAGAUCGGUCAUUCAGUGCCAGAGGAGUAGUGUUUUAAGAUCAGGUUUUGUGUAGAUCGGUCAUUCAGUGCCAGAGGAGUAGUGUUUUAAGAUCAAGUUUCGUGUAGAUCGGUCAUUCAGUGCCAGAGGAGUAGUGUUUUAAGAUCAGGUUUUGUGUAGAUCGGUCAUUCAGUGCCAGAGGAGUAGUGUUUUAAGAUCAAGUUUCGUGCAGAUCGGUCAUUCAGUGCCUGAGGAGUAGCGUUUUUUUUUUAAAUCACAAAAUUCUAAAUUGAGGAAAAUCCAUCAUGGCAGACCUUAUGGCUCCCUGAGGCAAAUGUUUUCCUUGUGAGGAGAGGGACCUAUGUCCCGAAUUUCAUGACUUUAGGUCAAAUGGGGUUAGCGGUGUGACCAUUCAAAGAUUGCAUUUUCAAUUGCUUGUUAUAGCGCCACCAUCUGGCCAAUCAGUGUAAUUUUGUAAAUUACUGAUCUCUAUGGCAAGACGCAUCAUUCAAUAAGUUUUGUCCAAAUCUGGCCAGUGCUGUUUGAGAUAUUGCAUGUAACAAACAUACUAACAGACGGAGACAGAUCCAGAGUCCCCCCUCCCCUUCGCGAUUUCAUCGUGGGGGUCAUUUGUCCUUAUAACUUCUUCUGUGUGCGAUUUUAAAACAAUUGGUUCAAGGACACACAUCUGGUGUAAUAGAAACAAUUAUUGGUACCAUGAUUGUCUUCACAAAGAUUGCCCUUUUCCCAUUCACUGUAAGUGGAGAUCCUGUUUUCUGCAAACAAUGCCUGCAGUAUCGCGGUCGACCUUGAACUUUGUGGCUUCAAUGAGAGGGGGCAGUCGUUCUCCCCUGGUUUGGUGGCUCACAAGCACAUCAAAAAGGGUCAAUGCCUCAAUGCAAAGUUUUGGAACCACUGAUUUUAGAGUCCCAUUGACAUCUGUACUUUUCCAUGUUGAUGUUUUUCUAUGCAGGAAGUUUUUAUAGUGUCCAUUAAACAGAACCUCUAUGUGGUACCCUGUCACGACAACCUUUGAUUAGCAUCACUGUCCUUUUAGUUGUGAAUGUCAGGGAGUGUUUAUCGGGAAAUACAAAAUGAGAGUCUACUAGCUACAUGACAUUGUGUCAUCUUGCUAUUAUAUCGUUUUAGGAGAUUAUUUUAUUACAAUAUAGCUAUACAAUACCACACCAAAACAAUGGAUACAUAUUAAUUGUAUGUUGUUGCUGUAACUUUAAUUUAUGAAAUAUGAUGAUUGAAAUGCUUGAACUUUAUAGCUAUAGUUCCGUGUGAUUCCCCUGUUGUCUUUGUUAAUUGUGCCUGUGUCUCUCCCAGUCUCCAGUGUUUCAUUGUACACUUACUGUCAGUUUGCUUAUAACCACUUAAUUCUAUCCGAAUCCAGGUUUCUUGUUCUGUAGUAGAACAACCCAAAGGAAAAUAGUUAUAAUUAAAGGGUGAAAGGAAAUAUGUUGGUACAUGACUGUGAAUGUUCUUUCAGAUUAAAUUAAUUUAUGUGUGGAAUUGUGUGGGCAAAAAUAUCAGAUAUAUUUUAUAAACUAUAGCAUAUAAAUACAUGUUGGUUUGUUUGUACAGUAUUGCAUAAUUUCAAAUAAAGGCCUUUUGGCACCAACAGUGAGCUCCAAAA